CUCAACUUCUACCCUUCCAAAAUAAAAGUAAACGACCAACAUGAUAUACUGCGACGUAUCUUCAUCAUCUCGGAUUAUGUGAUAGCUGCUGCAUGAUGGGUGGCGACGUAAAUAAUUCCCGCGAAGUCACCCAAGAAAUGACACUAUGACGAUGCUCGUCCAAGCAUCGAUAGAGCUUGACCCUUUGUAUUAGGUUGUGAAAAAGUGUUGAUCUCAACUUAGAACCUGAUGCCCCCAGUAGUCCUGUUAAUGUUGGAAUUAUUGCCAAUCAGGUCUUUUAUUCAAUCAUGUUUUUCUCAUCCACCGAGCUCGUGGUCGGAGCAAGGCCCUGGUGGGAAGCGCAGGUAGAUUCCACCUGUAAGAGGCAAACGGCGACUCCCAGUAAGUCGCGUCAGAGGAGAUCGGAACUUACUCCUGUGCCUGUCGUCUCACUGCUUCUACAGGAACGGUCGGAAUCAGAAAUUAUCGGCAGACUCUGUAGUUGUUACCACAAAAAUUAAAUAUCUUCUCGAUGCUUUAUUUCCACUCAUUUCAACAAGAAGAUUAUACAACUGAUAGGAUGGAGUAUAAUGAAGCUUCAACGUUGACAUUCCUCGCAUCAUGUCGUAUCCUCAUCGUCUCUCUAGAUUUUCUUCACUACUUUUGAAAUAUAUGUUAGGCUGUUUAGCAGAAGUAAUAGUAAUUUAAUGCAGUCAGCAGGCCUGCGCCUGAAAAAAUGGGACAAAAGUUAAGGGCUACAUUGAGUCAUCGUAAUCUCCGUCUCUAUCAGGGGGAAGGUACGAACGGAGAGCUACAAUUUUCAAUCUAUGUUAUAAUCUCACUGUACUAUCGGACAAGCUUGCCGCAUCCGCAGAUUUUUUUUCUAGUACAUAAUCAGUACUACUAUAUAAACGACAAAAAAAAGCUGAC